CUGAUGAUUUCUCUCACUCAGCCUGGGGAGGGCAGGUGCGUGUAAGUGGGAGGAGGCAGGCGCGAUGCGGAUGGAACGCGACGAGAGGACAAUUGGCCAGAGGAAAAAGAAUUGGAGAGUGGUUCAAAAGACGCCGAUCGGGGUGCAACGUGGGAGGUUUAAGUAGCUCUCUUCCCAGAUGGAUGGGAAUCCCUCCAUCCUGCCCCAGACGCCCGAAAAGUGUCAUCCGCGCGUGAGAUGGGUGGUCCAUCCAUCCUGCUAGCAGCGAGAGCCAGGAGCUUGUGGAUCCACGGAUUGUGUGCUGACCAGGGGGGAGGACUAAUUAGACCGGGGUCAGAGUAAACCAACAAGCCGCCUCGGGCCACAAUGAUCGAGGGGAGGCCGCUACCGGUGAUGGCCCAUGGGGAGGCGAUCUUGGGUUUCAGAUGGUGCCGGACGGACGCGCGACGGCCGCAAAAUGAUGCUCCCAACGGUGCGCGGGCUGCCUCAGAGGACGGUGGCGUGCUAGGACCCGUCAACCACCACCAUCAACCCGGAUCAUUCUUGGGACGGGUGCUUCGCUUGUCACUGGCGCUGCUGGUGGUGGUGCUUGUGCUGCUGCUGGAUGAUGUUGUUGUCCGUGGAUGGAUCAUGGAGGCAGGUUCAGUGGUCUCGGAAAGGCGGCACACGAGUUUGGGCUCGUCUGAUUGGCCCAGGUCGUCCAUGUCGCUGUCCGCAUUCGGGUCUUGGCGGAUGGGAAGCUCCAGUGGAUCGAGGCAACUGCCCUUGGGGCCCCAAGACCAAGAAAACUCUCCCCAAAGCCAAGCCCUCAUCCCCCGUCUCUUCUCCGGUUCCAGCGCAGUUGCCUUCCCUCCCACCCGGAGACAGGCCAAGACAUCCACUGAAAGCAGCAGCCACCAGCGAUUUUGGCUGCUGGAGUGCAGCAAUUAAGCUCACCCGCCUCCAGCCAGGCCUAUGAGGGGCCGCCGGCAGCCGUGCUGUAUUGAUCAUCCCUGCGCUCCCGCUCAUGUUUCCGGCGCACAACGUCGUCAGUGGCGCAAUUGCAUUGCCGCUCUGCUCAUCGUCACUGCCGUU